CAUUAAAGCCAUUCACCCGUGAUAGCAAUUAAACACAAUCAAUAAGUAUACGGGUAUGUUCGUGUUUAUCGCAUGUCACGCCUGUGUGAGUUUUGUGUUUGACCUAAAUCUAAAUUCAAUUGAAAUGUAGGAAUUCAAAGACGUUAACACAAAGACUUAACUUUUACAUGUGAUAACAAAGAAGAAUAAAAUUGAUUAAAAUAUUCUGUCAACUAGAUGUACUGAUACUUGUAUCAACUGAAAACGAAUCAGUUAUGAAGCCGUUACCAAUUACAAGCCAGGCGAAGAAUAACAGAUCUGACAAAAGCUGGUAUAUACUAACCGCAGGACUUGUAAUUUCAGUGACUGUAAUUUUUAUUUUGGACCUUCAGUUUUUUGCAUCUACAAACUUUAUACGCGAUACACUAAACGGAAAAAUGCUAGAAGUGUUAUCUGCAGCUGACAAUUUUACUAGCAGAUUCAUUGAUACAAUGAAACAUAAAUUGAUAAUAAUUGAUUCUAAUACACCUACAAGUGAUUCAGAACUACACGUGAGCGAUCAACUCAAUAAAUGUUCAUGGCCUCCACUUUAUUUACAAGGACGUACCCCUCUGAAUAGAACAGACAUUCCAAUAGAAAAACUUGAUACACAAUUUACAUUCAUGGCAGACGGACAUUAUAAACCUAAAAACUGUUCAGCGUAUCAAAAAAUUGCUAUUAUCGUUCCAUAUCGAGACAGACAAUUACAACUUCGUAUAUUUUUGAAUAAUGUUAUUCCACGCAUAUACAGACAACAAUUAGAAUUCGGAAUCUACAUAGUAGAGCAGACAGCUGGGUCGUUAUUUAACAGAGGUAUGUUGUCAAAUAUAGGAUUCGUACAAGCAAUGAAAGACAUGAAAUAUGACUGUGUAGUAAUUCACGACUUAGAUAUUCUGCCAGAAGAUGAUCGUAAUUAUUAUAUAUGUGGGGACAAUCCAAUACACAUGGCAACAAAAGUUGAAAAAUUUGGAUACAGAGUCCCAUACCAUCAGUUUGCAGGAGGAAUUUCUACAUUUUCCAGAAAGCAGUAUGAGGAUAUAAAUGGAUUUCCCAACCAGUUUUUUGGUUGGGGUGGUGAAGACGACGAAUUGUUUGCAAGAAUAAAACGUAGCAAUUACAAAAUGACAAGACCAUUCGAUGCACACGGACAUUGUGGAAGUGUUCAACACACUGGACAAAGAACUGGAAAUGACAGAAUGAAAAUGUUACAAAUUUCUCGAAAGAUUUGGAAACAGGAUGGCAUCACUGAUCUUGAAUAUAAUCUUAUAGAAAAGAGAAGAAAGCAACUGUAUGUUUGGGUUUAUGCGGAAAUAAAUAUGGCGAAAGUAAGAGAGAAACUAAAAAAAAUGAACAGUCCUGCAAGAAAAUAAAGAAAGUCGACAGACGUCACAAAAAGACAGAAACAGUAAACAGAAGACAGUUAUCUUUUUGAGUAAUAUGAAAAGAUACAAGUUUGCAUUGAUCUUAACUACAAAUUAACUUGCCUCCAUAUUAAAUCGUGUAUGGAGAUGCAACAUGAUUAUAUCAUAUGUUGAUGCAAUAAAUACGUUAUAUUUUAGAGCUUCUCGGGAACUAAUCGCUUUCUGCGCUAGAUCUAGCUGUGGAUUCGUAUGUAAAAAUGUGCAGUACUUGUAAUGUCAUCAAUACAUAAUGUAUAGCUUCUAUGAAUUUUAAUAUUUGCGUUUCCAAAAUAUUCUGACAGUGACACCAAACUAGUUAAAGGAGAAAACAAAAUAGAAAAAAUAAAAAUAGACCAGGUAAUGAAUUUAUCAAUUCAAAGGUAACCAUCAAACACACAAUGAAAUAUAAGAUAAAUAUUAAACAACAUAUUUCGAUGAAAUGUCUCAAUCAGCGAUAUAAUAUGUUAUGACAAAAGCUUCUUGACUGAAUUAAAAUAGAACAUUGUUGUUCAGUCAUGAAGUCUGUGUUCUUUUUUUAAUUUCCACAGUGUUUUUUUCAUUAUAUUAUCUAGUCAAACCUUAAACUACACACGAAUUGAUGAUACAUUUUAAGAGUCCAUGCAUUGUUUAUUGUUUGCACGAAUUGCUGAUGCAUUGUAACGAGUCCAUGCAUUGUUUAUUGUUAUGUAAUUUUGAUAUACGUUUUAGUGUGUUCAAAGAGGCUAUAUUGUAUACUAUAAAUCAAAUAUCAGAAUUGGUUCAAAUCGAUGACAAUGAAUUUGACAGCUAAUGCCAAUUUAAAAUUUGCUUUUCUCAAUUUUCAAAUGAAACAAAACUUUUUUAAAGAUGAUUUGCAAAUAAAAAUUUGGCAUAGAACAUUUUUUUAAGUAAAAAAUAUAAACUACUUUCAUCAGUUUGAAAUUCUUUGAUAAUUUGUCUGUCUAAAAAUAUAAACUAUUUGACUUAUAAAUGCAUGAAAUAUCUGCAACAAUUACAAUGUGUCCUUAGUAUUCAAGAAAGAAAAGGGUAUAAGAUAGAUAUAUAUUUAUAUUUGAUGGGAAACUAUUUUAAUUUGUUCAGUGCAGUUUCUUUGCGUCUCUAACAUACAUGUUACUAUAUACAUCAUGUUUUUUUACUUCGCCUUUUUGGUAUGAUGGGCUUUUACACCACUGUUCUAAUUUUAUAUAAUUUUGCUAUUUUUUAUUUACCUUUAUAAAUAGUACAUAACUUAACAUGGAAAAUAAAUGGUAGACUAAGAUGUAUAUCAGCUGCUAUCAUAACUAAAAGCCUGAUUAUUGAUUACUUUUCUAUGCAAGGUAUAGGCAGUAUGCAUCACUUGAUUAAAGAUAUUGUCGUGAAAUAUUGAACCGUAUGUCACACUUAUAAUACCCAGACAACAUAAACGCGUUAUGGCUCUCUUACUGCCCUGGAUCGCUAACACUUGCCAUCGAAACCGAAAGGUAUUAUACCAGGCCGCCAAUUCCAGUUCAUAACAGACUAUGUGUGUUUUGUACGAACAAUUGUGUUGAAUCAGAAAAACACUUUUUUUUUAAAUUGCACUCUUUAUGAUGACCUGAGAUGGUUUUUAUUUUCUGAAUGUUCAAAUGAUAUUGAACAUUUUGUUAAUUUAGACGAUGAUCAAAAAUUUGUUGAAAUUAUGAAUUGUCAUUAAAGGAUUUACCUGACCUCGACCUCAUUUCUUGGAUCAGUGAUCAAGGUUAAAGUUAUACACGAUUAGGUCCGUUUCUCAGAUGCUAUAAGCAGUAAGUCAAAUAUAUAUGGGAUAGCAUGAUUGUAAGGUGUAUAUACAUGUCAGUGUGGCAGGUUUCAUCCGACCAUGACCUCAUUUUCGUGGUUCAUUGGUCUAUGCUGAAUUUUCGUGUUUUGGUCAGUUUUUCAAAUACAGUAACAAUAGGUCAACUAUAUUUGGUGUAUGAAAUGAUGGUAAGGUGAACAUAUGUGCCUGGUAGGGUUUAUUUGACCUUGAUCCCAUUUUCAUGGAUCAUUGGUAUUGACAUGUUUAUGUGAUACCUUUAUCUUGAAGACAAUCAAUAUAAAAUCAAUCCUGCUCAGUAAAGCAGGCCAGACAUUUCAGCGUGUGUACUCUUUUUGCAUUUACUUUUUAAAGAAAUAAGAAUGUUUAGUGUCUCAACCUAUACCUGCUGUGAUAUUUCAAUUAAACGAAACAUUCCUUCACAUAAGUAAACUCAACAUUUCUGAUGUAUUUUAUAUAAAAGUGUUUAAAGGAAUGACACUGAUGUUUGUUAUGUAGCAUAUAUUUGUUUUAAUGUUGUUUUAUAUGUUUUAUAUAAAAUAAUGUUUAUGUAUGAAAUGAGAUUGUUAUUAAACAUAGAAUCUAAA